AUGACGACAGUGUAUGGAAAACGAGCACGUUCAAACGACACCAUCGUAGUAAUGCCUCCAAAAUUCGAUAUUUAUCGUAAGCCAAUGUUUGAUGAAUCGAUUCGAAAGGCUGAAUACCGAACAUAUGCACCAUUCAUCAAAUCAUUCAACUGCAAUGAUAUUGUUGAAUUCAGCAUUAAUCAAGUUGACUCGUUUUUUGAAAUGAGCGAAACGUUGUUAUGCAUUAAAGGAUCACUCGUCGAUAAAGCGGGAUCUGGAACAAUCACGCUAGCAAAUAAUGUGGGUGCUUUUCUGUUCGAUUCGUGUACGUACAGCGAAAGCGUACGGGAGAUGGAAACAGUGCGGGAUCCUGGUAUCGUAAGUGCUGUACGAGCUAUGACAUGUUACAAUCAGGAAGAUUCCAAGUAUAUGGUUAUGGCAGGUUGGAAUUACCCUAAUAGUCCCAUUCUACACGAUACUUCAUCCAACAUACAGAUGCCUCUUAAGCACAUUUUUAACAUUUUCAACGAUUAUCCAAUGAUUACGUGUGGUCGUCAAACAAUAAGACUAGUUCGAGCUCGAAACGACAACGAUUGUUUAAUUACAGAUGCAGCUACAACAGCAAAGAUUAACAUCACCAACAUUGAGCUCAGAGUGAAGCACAUAUAUCCCAACGAUGAAAUUAAACUACAACUAAUGACGUCCAUUCAAGAAGAUCGCCCUAUAGUUAUUCCGUUUAGAAAGUGGGAAUUUCACGAGUUGCCUACCAUUACCAAAGGUGCUAGGCGUGAAGUAUGGGCCGUUAAAACUAGCACAUCAGUUGAAAGACCACGUUAUGUCAUUGUUUUCUUUCAAACGGGAAAACGUAACACAAUCAAAGUUGAUCCUAACUUAUUUGAUAAUGUCAGCAUCCAAAGUAUUAGAUUAUCCUUAAAUGGCGAAUAUUUUCCGAACGAGAGAAUGCAGUUGGAUUUUAGCAAAACUGACUACAACGAGACCUAUUUCAACUAUACCGAAUUUCAUCCCAGCUACGCACAUUCCAAACAAAAGCGACCUCUACUCGAUUUCUCAUCUUUCAAGCAUCACGCAUUGUUCAUCAUCGAUUGUUCAAAACAAGAAGAAAGCAUGAAAGCAUCCACUGUUGACGUAAAACUCGAUAUUGAAGCACAUAAUGGUUUUCCCGAAAAUACCGAAGCCUAUUGCAUUAUAAUUCACGACUGCGUAAUGGAGUACUUCCCUCUUACCGAAAUUGUAAAAAGUCUAAAUUAG